AUGGACGACUUCUACCGUGUCGAGAAGCAGACACAAGAUGCUGCUGCCAGCGAGCACGACAACGUCGACAUGUUGGGCGAGAACGACGACGACGUCAUGGGGACUCGUCAUGAAGUCGAGGCAAUGGUCGAUGGAAGCGAGCCGGCAUGCGAGGAUCCUUCUGGUGACGAGUUCGAUGCCUGCGUGAUCGGGGACAAGAUCCCAGUCGUUCUGACGACGACGCAAUCUAGCACGUCCGCAGCCUCCUCGACAACUGUGUACCACCCGCUGCUGAUGCCUGUCGCCCAGACAACCGCCAGCACACUUGCCACAUUAUCCCAGGCACCGGCGUUUACCGUUGAGGAACUCAGUCGAUAUGAAGUCAUCGAGUUGCUCUCGAAAGCGCUUGACCCAGCUGCUGCGAUAUGGGUUUCAAGUGAUCGCCAACGCCAACAUGCGGACGUCAACCAUUACGCAACAAUUGCCGAGGUCCCAUGCGCGUUUACACUUAAUCAAAGGCAGCACGCCGCAUUCACGAUCAUCGCGACUGCGCUGCUACGAACGUUUCUGCGGCAGGAGUAG